AUGACGAACCGUACAAUUUCUAUCCGCUCUCGCCGUGACCGUGAGCCCGCAACCAACCGCCACCGCUUCAGCAUCGCAACCUUCCGAGGCCUCCAACAGCCCGAACUAAGCAGGCGUCUAUCCAAACUAAUUAAGUCGGAGAACAGCGCAAUCGGAGCUCAUGAAGCUGCCGGUCGCGAGCGCGGCUCUAUCGCUGCCCAGCUCUCAGAAUGGGGCGAGUCUACUGAGGAUGACGCCGUCUCCGAUAUCUCGGACAAGCUGGGCGUGAUGCUCGCAGAGAUUGGUGAGCAAGAGGAUGUCUUCGCGCAGAACCUGGAAGACUACCGGGGUGUUCUGAAACAUAUCCGAAACAUGGAGGCUUCUGUGCAGCCGAGUCGAGACCAGAGACAGAAGGUCACGGAUGAGAUUGCGAAGCUGAAGUACAAGGAUCCGGCCAGCACUCGGAUUGUUACGCUGGAGCACGAGCUUGUUAGGGCCGAGGCUCAGAGCCUGGUUGCUGAAGCGCAAUUGUCGAAUACGACUCGAACAAAGCUCAAGGAAGCAUUUGACAUUCACACUGCCGCUGUCAUUGAGCGUGCCGAGAAACAGAUUAUUCUCGCUCGCCAUGCACGUCGCCUCCUCAACUUCAUCGACGAUGGCCCCGUUGUUCCCGGUGAUUCUCGCCAGGCCUACGACCAUGAAUUCGAAGCACGUGCCGUCCUCGAAGACGCAGAGGCAGAUCUUCGGGCAUGGCACUCUACCGUUGAACCCAUUACGUCGUCUGCUGCCCCUGUGAAUGGAGUAGGUGCUAGCCAUGUCCACGAAGACAAUGAGUCGGAAUUGCACAACGGCGUUGAUACUACCGGACCCCCCGAUGAUGUCUCGUCUACCAAGGAGCUUGAGGAACCUGCCGUGUUGGCUUCUUAA